UCAUCGCAUUACGACGAAAUACAUUUUAAUAGAAUGAAUCUUCCCAUUAAAAAGUUAUUAUGAUUACAAUGAUAUGGAUAUACAAUUAUAUUUAUGAAUUAUUCUUCAACAAUGAAAUAUAUAUUUGUAUUUUUAGUAUCUCAUAUUUAAAGCUGGAUAUAAAAUAAUAAAUACAUUAAGACAUAUUUAUUGUUUCGUGUUUACAAAAAUGUUCUGUAUUUCUUUUAUAUAUACAUAUAUAUAUUACUGUGAAAAAUCAUUUUUAACAUUUUAUCAUUAAUAGACAAUACAUGCCUAAAAAAUUCUUUUGGAAGAGGAAAAGUAUUAGAUAAGCGAUAUUGUUAUUUAUCUAUGUAGUUAAUUUCAAUGAUAUUGUUCAUGAAAUAUAUUAGUUGCACUCUUAAAAAAAAAAAAAAAAAAAAAUGACGUACGAAUGACACGUAAAUGAAAAUAAAUUAUUCGUUUUACUGUUAUAUCUUGAAUGAAUAAAUAUAAUGUUAAAAGUUAGAUUCAUUUUUUUUUGCAAUAGCCAAUACUCUAAACGAUCAUAUUAAUAUAAUUGUUGAUAAUACAUGAACAAAGAAACGUUGAAAAAUAUUUGUUACAUAAGUAUAAGUUUUAAUUCACGAAAUAAUCGAAAAACUAUUAAUAAUCAAUUAUUAAUAGUUAUAAAUACGAGACUCGAGCGAUAUUUAAAAAAAAAAAAAAAAAAAAAAAAAAUGUAAAUACUGUUUCUAAUACAUUCAUAUUAUUUGCAAAUUAUUGUUACACACAAACAGGGUAUAAAUUAAUAAUAAAAUUAUUAUGGGAAAAUCUUUUUUGUAAUGUUGAAAAUGAACAUUAUUGCAUGCGUAAUAUCUACGUAGACCUAGACGUAGAUGUAACAUCGGUUGUAGCCGGUGUAGUUACACUAAAUGCAGCGACAAAAACGUUAAUAAUAGUUAUAAGAAAUACACCGACAACAACGUAAUUAUUAAUUUUUCGUGCAUUAAGUGACUUUGAUUGUCCUUUCAUAUCGAAUCUGCCUUUAAAAAUUAAACUUACACCAACGGCGAUCUAAAAGAAUAGUAACAAAGAAAAACUCGUUUAAUCGCGCCAUUCUGAUUUCGCAAAAAAUUUCAUAAUAAUGUAUAGCGUGUCGUUAUUGUGUGUGUGUGUGUGUGUGUGUAUAUAUAUAUAUAUAUAUAUAAGCGUAUAUGAAAAAGAAAAAAAAGACAUCAUACCUGUAGCAAAAGACUGAUGACAAUGAGGAUCAGAAUAACGUAAAAGGUAGGACUAUUUCGUUGAUAUUCAAUAAGGUACCUUAACUGAUUAGCAUUAGCUGUAAUCAAUGCUACAUCCAUCAUACCUUGGGCUACAGUUUUCUUCGCUGCAAAAGUAUUAACAGCUCGUGUGUUGUGAGCUUGCGAUCUUUUGUCCGUCAUAUCGACGGACACAACAUCCUUUGAUAUAACAAUUUUUUCAACAUCAUUCGUCUUAUCGUCUAAUCCUUUAUUAUUUAAUUCCACUUUAUCAUUAUCCAAGCGAGGUUCCUCCAUGUUGUCCUUCGUACGAUCGAUCAAUCGUUUAACAAAUUUGUUUGAAAAUUUUAUCGAAAAGAAAACUUGUUAUUAUUAGGAGAGAACAAACGAGCGAACGAGCAAGUAGGUAAGAAGAAAAGAAAAUGUUCGCGAACGGAUCGAUCAAGAUUACUGCGGAGCUUUGUCGAUGAAUAUUUAGAUAAGCUCACGAGUAUAUAUUAACGAUUUAUAUUCGUUCGUCUUUUACAGUGCAUGUGACAAUUACCCAACGUCCUUUCUUAACUUUCUGUCAAGAGAAUACAUCGAGUUGACCUGUAUUUUUCGAGUAUACAUAUAUAUAUAUAUAUGUGUACAACAAAUAUAUAAUGAAUUUAUAUUAAUUAACAAUUUUAUAAAUUCUAUCGAUAACGAUAAAAAACACAUACUCUAUCUUUAUCGUCAGAUUGAUUCCUUACUUUAUAUCAACCCUCUAAGGACAUUAUAAUAUACUCCGUAUAUUGUAAAGAUAAUAUUUACAAAACAAAUUUCACUAAUCAUUGUACCGAACGACUUGUAAUACACACAACACUCUAGCCAAAGUUAAACUGUUAGUAUUAUUUUAUAGAAAGGAAUCAGGUAGGAUAUGACAGGAAACAUGUAUGUUGACGGUUAUGCUUUAUCAGUUUUGAUAGCAUCAUUAAAAACCGGAAAAAAUGAAACCACAAGUAUGACGUAUAUUAGAGAAAGGAAAUACAAAGAUACACUAAUAUACUUAUACAUGAUACAUUAGUUCCUGUUUAAGUUUCGUUUUUAGUUCCUUCAAAGAUAAAAAAUAUGUAUUUUUUAUAUAUGUAUUUACAUAUUAUAUUGAAAUAUGUAUAUCAUACAUACAUUUAACAUUUUUAAUCCACUAUUCAUAUAUUUAGAUAUUCAUACAUUCGUUUAAUUUACCAGCAUCAAUGCUUAUCUCUUAAUGAUAAUGCUACAUUUUUAUGAUACGCUAUGUGAAACUUGCGUAAUAAUUGAUAUUAAAAGACAUUCGAUAAAAAAACAUCGAAUCGCAUGCUUGCGUAUCAGUCGGAAUUUAUAAUUUCACCAUGUCGGCACGGAAUAAUCCAAAAUUAUGGGGUGGCCGUUUUACAAAGGAAAUCGAUUCUGAUUUCCAUAACCUAAAUGCAUCCAUUAAAUUUGAUAAACGGUUAUAUGCAGAAGAUAUAGAGGGAAGUAUAGCUUAUGCAAAUGCACUAUGUAAAGCUGGAUUUUUAACGGAAGAAGAAGUACAUCUUAUCGAGAAUGGUUUUGAAAAGAUCUUGGCCGAAUGGAGGAACAAUCUCUUUGUUAUCACUCAUCAAGACGAAGACAUUCAUAGUGCAAAUGAGCGGAGAUUAUCGGAAUUAAUUGGUGACGUAGCAAAAAAAUUGCAUACUGGUAGAAGUCGCAACGAUCAAACAAUAACGGAUACUCGACUUUAUCUUCGAAAGUCGAUAGACAAACUUCGUUUAAAUAUUAAUAAUUUUAUCAAGACACUUAUAGAUCGCGCUGAGAAAGAUAACGAUGUUAUUAUGCCUGGAUAUACCCAUAUGCAACGUGCACAACCGAUUAAAUGGUCACAUUGGCUUCUUAGUUACGCUUGGUACGCAAAAGCUGAUCUCGAAAGAUUACAAGAAAUACGUAAACGUGUGAACGUAUUGCCAUUAGGAAGUGGCGCCAUUGCUGGAAAUCCAUUUGAAAUAGAUCGACAAUUUUUAGCAGCUAAUCUUGGCUUUGAAGACAUUAGUUCUAAUAGCAUGUACGCUGUUUCCGAUAGAGAUUUCGUUGCUGAAUUUCUUUUCUGGUCAUCUUUAACUAUGAUCCAUUUGAGUCGAUUGGCUGAAGAUUUGAUCAUUUACAAUUCCAAUGAAUUUGGUUUCGUACAAUUUUCCGAUGACUUUUCAACCGGCAGUAGUUUAAUGCCACAAAAACGUAAUCCCGAUUUGAUGGAGAUAAUCCGUGGAAAAAGUGGGACUUUACUUGGAAAGUGUAUGGGCUUUAUGACAACUCUCAAAGGUAUUCCAUCAACUUAUAAUAAAGAUCUUCAAGAAGACAAGGAAGCAUUAUUUUCUACGUUCGAUAUAUUAAAUAAUAUAUUUUUUAUCAUGGAAAAAGCAUUAAGAUCUUUAAAAAUAAAUAAAGAAAAAUGUAGCGAUGCUUUAACAACCGAUAUGCUUUCCACCGAUUUGGCAUAUUAUCUUGUGAAGAAAGGAUUACCAUUCAGGGAAGCACAUCAUUUGGCUGGCAAAGUUGUAACUUUUGCCGAAUCGGAAAAUUUAUCAUUGUGUGACGUGCCAUUAGAAAAAUUACAAAAAAUAUGUCAAAUUUUUGAGAAGGACGUGGAAUGUAUAUGGGAUUUUAGAAAAAGCAUUGAACAGUACAACGUUAUCGGUGGUACCAGUACAUUAGCAUUACGCCAACAAAUAGAUUCUCUUCAACAUUGGUUACGAGAAUCAAAUAUAUAAUUUAUCAUUGUGAAAGAGUCAUGUGAAAGUGUAGAUUAAUCGUUCGUUUUCUUUUCCUUUUUUUUUCUUUUUUUUUUUUUUUUUUUUUUUUUUUUUCGAGACGAGUUAUAC